AAAGAAUCAACCUUACGCACUUACACUUAACAUACGUCAUAAGAGAAGCUGGUCUUUAAUAAAUAGUGCGGUAGUGGGCACCGUUCUUCCUCAGUUCAGGAGAUCACGCAACUUACGUACUUUCUGUGACUACGCAGACCAAAAGACUUCCGAAGAUGACGUACCAGUUCCCCUCUCUCUCUCCGGAGCAGAAACAGGAGCUGUCCUCCAUCGCCCAGCACAUCGUUGCUCCAGGGAAGGGCAUCCUGGCUGCUGAUGAGUCUGUGGGUACGAUGGGUAAAAGGCUUCAGAAGAUAAAUGUAGAGAACACUGAGGAGAAUCGCCGCUGUUUCAGAGACCUCCUCUUCUCUGUUGAUCCCUCCAUCUCUGAGAGUAUUGGAGGGGUCAUCUUCUUCCAUGAGACGCUGUACCAGAAAUCGGACAAGGGUGUACCAUUCCCCCAGCUCAUCAAAGACAAGGGCAUUGUGGUGGGCAUCAAGGUGGAUAAAGGAACAGCCGUUCUAAAUGGGACGGACGGAGAGACCACGACGCAGGGUCUGGAUGGACUGUCGGAGCGCUGUGCGCAGUACAAGAAGGAUGGCUGCGACUUUGCCAAGUGGCGCUGCGUGCUGAAGAUCUCUGCCAGCUGCCCCUCAGCCCUCGCCAUCGCUGAGAACGCCAAUGUGCUCGCUCGCUACGCCAGCAUCUGCCAACAGAACGGUCUAGUUCCCAUUGUGGAGCCUGAGAUCCUGCCAGAUGGAGACCAUGAUCUGCAGCGCUGCCAGUACAUCACAGAGAAGGUCCUGGCAGCUGUAUACAAGGCCCUGUCUGAUCAUCACAUAUACUUGGAGGGCACCCUGUUGAAGCCCAACAUGGUCACUGCUGGGCACUCCUGCCUCAGGAAGUACACCCCCCAGGAGGUUGCCAUGGCAACGGUAACCGCCCUCAGGCGCACCGUGCCCGCCUCUGUCCCAGGGAUCUGCUUCCUGUCCGGAGGGCAGAGUGAGGAGGAGGCCUCCCUGAACCUGAACGCCAUAAACCAAACCCCGCUCCACCGCCCCUGGAAGCUCAGCUUCUCAUACGGACGUGCCCUGCAGGCUUCUGCCCUCGCUGCCUGGCAGGGCAAGGCAGCAAACAAGCAGGCUGGACAAGAGGCCUUCUUCACUCGUGCCAAGAUCAACGGUCUGGCUUCCAAAGGAGAGUACAAGCCCUCAGGCCAGGCUGACCAGGCUGCCACCCAGUCACUCUACACUGCCAGCUAUGUCUACUAGACUCUAGACACACACACACACACACACAGAAACAAACACACAAAAACAAACACCACAGCUUCACCUUGCAGAACUGAGCCACACACGGACAUGAAACAGGAAGUCCUCCCACAACCUGGACAUACCUGCAUGCCACGGGAACAGACAUGCAGGUUUCCUGUUUACAGGAAUGAUUUUGGUCCCUCUCUCUGGAAUAAAUGUGAAAUACUGCCAUAAUAUGCUGACUAUUUCAAUCUGCUCUUAGCUACAAUUCACACUGAAUUCAUUUCCACAUACAAUGAACACCUCUUAAGUAUCAGACACCUACUAACACUAAAGUUGGGAAUACACUAAGUGGGGAUGUCCUGAUUGGAUCCAUGAAUCGGUAUCUUCUCCUGAUACCACCGUAUUUUGUGGAUCGGGUAUCGGCUAGGACGCACCUGAUCUGAAUCCAAUCCUGUCUGACACUACAAUACUGAAUAUGCAUAUUUAUUUUUGCCUGGAGCAAAGCUUUGCCUCUAUACUUUCUGACUCUGUUUAUGCCAAUUGCCUGAAUGCGCUGUUUCUCCCAUGAAUAAGCAUCAUCCAUUUGCCACCAUGAAUGAGGCUGUUGUUCAUGAAACAAGCUGGUAUCUGGUUCGUUGUCUGCUGUGAGGAAUGUAUACAAAGUCCAAAAGCAGCCCUUCAGCCACUUGCAACAUUUGCAAUGCCAGUGUUUCAGAGGGCGGCAUUAGUACAGUUUCUUGCAACAAAUUUGAUAAAGCAUCUGAAGAAACACUACUGAUAGGAGUAUGGCAAAUGUUCACACUUGUUAUUUUUUAAAAUUCUACAUUGGAAUCUUCAAGCUUGAUGAUGUUUAUACACCACUUCAAAGUGGGGCCGGGUGCUAUCGCAGGUAUGCCAUUCCGCCAAGUUACGCCUUGGCGGGGCAGGAUGACCCACACCUAUACAUUACCGAGAGUUCUGCACUUUUCAGGGUUCCUACAGAAAUAACAAGAAUGACCACAGACUCGCAGCCCAUAAAAACUCACCUUCACCUUCUGAACUCAUGUCAACAGACAGAAUUCACACACAACUUCACAUGCCCACUCGCAAAAGCCUCAGAUUUUGCUUUUUUCCCCUUCUUUUUCCUAGGGAUUAGAUCAUCAUAAAUGCCCCAGGCCCACAAACAGUACGUCUUCCCUUUGGACAUUUAGCUUCAUCAGCCAAUAAAAACCUUGGAUAUACACACAAGAUGGACAUAUAUAGAAGUGCACAGGUUUUUAAACCAAAAACUUUGCGGCCCAUGGGGCUACUUCAGUAGUAUCUCACUGGGUAACAUGUCUGCCUAUGGGACCUUUGGAGGAGUAGCAGGCACAGAUCCCCCUUGAAAAUUUUGAAGUCGUUACACUGCCUUGCUUGCUAGCUAAUAAUUGCCAAAAGAAUUUAAACCAUUGCUUUUGCAACUGUAUCUACUUUGCCGCUAACUCAUGUAUAUUUCUGAAAUCCAAAUAAAACACACCCACACUUUA